AUGAAAGAUCUGGUUUCAUGUUCACCAGACUUUAAUGUCAUCACUUCUGGAGCUCAGGACUUCCCUAGGGAUGGAAUCGACUCAAAUCAAAUAGUGAGAAUGGGCCAUGAGCACGACCCACCAUGUGGACCCAGUGCGGAUUGGAACUUAGCAGCGCCCAGGGUACCAAGUGAAUCAGGCAACGCAUCCCUCGAAACAUUCACAGCUCUACAUAAAGAAAACUGCCACAGAUUGGAGUUCCUAGUUGAAAGGCAAAAGCAGUUAUGCACGCUCUCCGAUAAAAUGAUACAGGUUCUUCAAACGGGUGCUGUACAAGCAGUGGAAGAGUGCCAGCAUCAAUUUCGCCACAGUAGAUGGAAUUGCAGUACGAAUACAAACCCUAAUUCCACGGACAUAUUCGGUGGCGUCCUCAAGUUCAAGUCCCGUGAAUCAGCGUUCGUUCACGCCCUAUCGGCAGCAGCGCUUGCUCAUGCUGUAGCUCGAGCCUGUAGUCGCGGUGAACUCAAUGAGUGCUCUUGCGAUGCCCGUGUUAGAAAACGUACACCACGUCACUGGCAGUGGGGUGGAUGUUCUGAAGAUAUCAGAUAUGGUGAGAUGUUCAGUAGAGAUUUCGUGGAUUCGAAAGAAGAUAAAACCACAGACGAGGGAUUGAUGAACCUACAUAAUCAUGAGGCAGGGCGAAGAGCGGUUCGAAGUAGAAUGCAGCGCGUAUGCAAAUGCCACGGCAUGUCUGGCUCGUGUUCAGUCCGAGUGUGUUGGCGACGGUUGCCGCAGCUGAGGCUGGUGGGUCGUAGAAAGGAAAAGGGGCAAGACCAUAAGGAAAUUGCGGCCGUUGCACGCAGAUAUGAAGAAACCGAACAAAACAGAUUUGGUAUUUUUGGAAGAUUCCCCGGAUUAUUGCGAGCCGAACGAAGAAUUAGGCAUAUUAGGUACGCGCGGGCGCACCUGCAAUCGGACGUCAGCGGGUCUGGACGGCUGCCGACUACUCUGUUGCGGUCGCGGCUACCAGACUCGCGUCCGAGACCACGAAGAGAAGUGCCGCUGCCGGUUCGUGUGGUGCUGCAAAGUCCAUUGCGAGAUCUGCCGUUCUAAACGGGAUCAUCAUGUGUGCAACUAGAUCAGCUGCUAACUACCAAGACUCGUAAUACUUUUAGAUAUCUUAUUUGAUCGAGAAGUAGAAGGCAAAUGUGCCUCGUGAAACAUUUAAGUUAUUCUGUGUGAUGAAACAGAUAACGGUGGUGUAGAGAGCUCAAGAUACUAUAAGUUUUAUAAAACUUUAAGUUGUAGUAAGUGAUUAAGAAGAUGGAGUAGAGAACCCGAAAUACUGUCUGUCUCGCAAUAUAGUAAAGUUGACAG